AUGCCUUCACAAGUUCAACCAUCGCUCUCCUCCUUCGCCCACAACCACCACUCUCCCUCUCCUACGCGCGGCCCCUCUGUCGCAGAGCUCUACAACUCCUCUCUUCUUCCCUCAGCGAUUUUUAACGACCGCGACGGACGCGACCCUCGUGACAUAUUCCUAGGACAUCGCCAUAUCCCACAACAGCCACAGCCUUCUAGCUCCCCCACAAUCCAAAUUCCGCACGCGCAACCCCCUUCCGUACCCUCUCCCACUAACACUGCAGCAGCAGCCCGCUCUACACUUUGGUGGGGAGAACUUGAACCUUGGAUGGACGAAGAGUACGCUAAGCAAGUCUGUGGCCUCAUGGGCUGGGACCCGGUCAGUAUCAAGGUGCCGCGUCCCGCACCCGACCCAAUUACUGGCCAGCAGGCGAACAACCCAGGGUAUUGCUUCUUGACAUUCCCCUCACAAGCCCACGCCGCAUCAGUGGUUUCACAGAUCAAUAACAAUGGCGGUGGGCCCUCCGUGAUCAUGCCAAAUUCUACUAAGCCCUUCUCCCUCAAUUGGGCGUCCUCAGUCCCAGCGGCUCCUCUCACUGCCGCGCCCACAAUGCCUGGACAGACAAUUGCAUUGCCUAAUGGACAGAACCCGCAGUACCCCAAAGAGUAUAGCAUUUUCGUAGGUGACCUGGCUCCAGAAGUGUCAAACUCGGACCUCGUCGCUGUUUUCCGCAACCCUGUGCUCGGUCUGCGCAACGACAGAGAGCCGCGGUUCAUCCGCCCUUUCCUUAGCUGCAAGAGUGCUAAAAUCAUGCUGGACCCAGUGACAGGAGUGUCGCGGGGGUACGGCUUCGUGAGGUUUACGGACGAAGCGGAUCAGCAACGCGCUCUAAUCGAGAUGCACGGCCUUUAUUGCCUCUCACGCCCAAUGCGCAUUUCUCCCGCGACUGCCAAGUUCAAGCCUGCUUCGGGGAUGACAGGAUUGGACUUCUCUCAGAUGCCCUUCCCUGUUGUUCCUCCUCCAGCUCCCGUUGUGCCUGAGCAGCAAAAUCAAGUCACGAUUGCGCUGCCCCUACCCAACGCCAACCAGGCGAAGAGUGUGUCCGCUCCCCUUGCAGGCGCAAAUGGAAAUACAGUAUCGAACUCGUCCUCGAACUCGUCUGUCUCGGCGCCCUCGCUGAGCUCUGGGGCCAGUACAACCUCGUCGACCACUCUGGCUUCAGCGUCUUCUGAAGAAGCCUUGAAGGCGGCUCAAUAUGGAGGCGGGAGUGCCUCGACGCCCGGCAGCGCUGGCGGGUCCAUACCUGUACCCUUCGCACAGCCAGCCUCUGAGCAGACUAUGGCGCAGAAGUACAAUAUUUCUGAGGAGUCCUGGAAGCAUCACGCUCAAGCUCGGGCUAUCUUGUCGAACCUAAUUGGACCCAACGGAGAGCAGCUUACCUCGUCUGACCCGUACAACACCACUGUAUUUGUUGGAGGUCUGUCACCGCUCAUAUCAGAGGAGACCUUGAGGACGUUCUUCGCUCCAUUUGGUGAUAUCCAUUAUGUCAAGGUCCCACUUGGAAAACACUGUGGCUUCGUGCAGUUCGUACGUAAGCCCGACGCAGAGAGAGCGAUUGAGAAAAUGCAAGGCUUUCCUAUUGGAGGGAGCAGAAUAAGACUCAGCUGGGGCCGCAGUCAAUACAAAGCAGCUCAGGCCGCAGCCCAAGCCGCUCAAGCCGCUGCCUUCCAGGCUCAGUAUCAAACGCAAGCUACUGCUCAGAACGUUCCCUCUCUCACGCCUGAGCAGGCCAUACAGCUCCUCGAGAAGUUCGGUCUCACCAACAUGCUUAAUCCUGCCACUUCCACUGCCACGAAUGGCAACCAGGAACCUCUCGCUGGUAUCAUAUCAGACGCCACUGGCAAUCGGAUUGGUGCUAAUAACCCGUUCACACCUUCCAUGUUUGGCUUACAACAAGGUGGAGGGUCGUCCUCCGGAUCUGCCUUCUCUCCAUUCUCUCCCGAUCCGAAUUAUCUAGGAGAAGGGAUGAAACCCGAGGAUGUUCACAACGCCGCACAAUCACAGGCGUUCUCCAACGUCUCCAAGGCGUACUCGCCGUGGUACAACCCUACACAAGACGAGAAGGUACCAAGCGCAAACGGGAAGAUCUCACCCACAACCCUACAGACGAUACGCCCUCCGAGCGCAGCGCAGCGUUUCAAUUCAUUACUGGGUGAGGCAUCCUCAGCGUUGCCAUUCCCGAACGGCCGGGCAUCUUCGCGGCAGGAGAUCACCCUUCGGCCCGACCUGUCCAGGAGGGGCUCUCAGCAGCUCCAGGAACACUUCGGUGGUCACGAGCACGAGCAAGAUCCUAUUCAGGAUCUCAACGGCACGCUCGCCAGCCUCGAUCUGAACAGCCCGGCAAUGUGGAAGAACGGGGACAUUGCCCACCCACUGCCAUCGUCACCGUGA